AUGGCUCUGUCAUCAACCUAUCAUGCACACAAACCCAAUGUGCCCAUUAUUAUGGAGGAUGUCUUUGGAUGGGUUAAAGAAGGAAAUGGGUUUCAGGUGCGUGUCUGGCUAGACGACCACGAGCACGACUUGAACGUCGGUGACGACCACGCGUUCUCUCUUCUCCACUGGGCGUCCAAAGGAGGACACGUCGGAAUAGCGGAGAUGCUUCUGUCACGUGGAGCACGUGUCAACUCGACAAAUAUGGGAGAUGAUACGAGUCUUCAUCUGGCAGCUGCACACGGUCACCGACAGAUUGUCGUCAAGUUGUUGUCGAGGAAAGCGGAUGUUCAUGCGACGAAUGAACAUGGAAUGACUCCAUUGCAUUAUGCAUGCUUCUGGGGUUAUGAGGCGGUGGCGGAGGACCUCAUUAGCUGCGGAGCCCUUGUCAACGUGUGCAACAAGAAGGGACUCACCCCACUUGAUGUCUGCCAGCCGGCUUGUAAAAACACUAUCAUGGAAAUCGCCCAAGAGCACGGACAGUCUCCAAACGACCAGAUCCCAUUCAAGGAUACCACGUGGAAGGGCACCAAGUCACGUACCCGAGAUGCCACACUUUCCAGAUAUACUGGUGUUGAUGUGUCCUCGUUGAAUUUGAUUACUAAGAUCGCCGAAUCGCACUCCGGAGAGCUGUGGCGUGGAAAAUGGCAAGGCAACGAUAUCGUCGCCAGAAUCCUGAACGUUCAGGAAGUGACCGCCCGUAUCUCUCGUGACUUCCAAACCGAGUUUCCGGCUCUUCGUAUCUUUGCUCACCCAAAUAUUUGUGCAGUUCUGGCAGCCGCUAAUCAACCACCGAAUCUUGUUGUCAUUUCUCAAUACAUGCCAUUCGGAAGUCUCUAUAAUGUUCUUCAUGAACAGAGUUCUGUGGUCAUCGAUCAUGGACAAGCCGUCCGAUUUGCGUUGGAUAUUGCCAGAGGAAUGAGUUACUUGCACAGUUUAGACCCAAUGAUUUUGAGGUAUUACCUCUCCUCGAAACACGUCGUCGUCGACGAAGAACUGACUGCUAAACUAUCAAUGGCCGAUACGAAAUUCUCAUUCCAAGAAGUCGGAAAGUCGUAUUCGCCAGCGUGGAUGUCUCCAGAAGCCCUAUCCCGGGCACCAGAAGAUUUGAAUAUUCGGGCGGCCGAUAUGUGGUCGUUCGCUGUAUUAUUGUGGGAGUUGAACACUAGAGAAGUACCGUUCGCCGAUUUGGCGCCGAUGGAGUGUGGAAUGAAGAUUGCUCUGGAAGGUCUCCGAGUCCAAAUUCCGCCAGGAAUCGCUCGUAACAUGAAUCGUCUAAUGAAUAUCUGUAUGAAUGAGGAUCCGGGACGUCGUCCGAACUUUGAUCAAAUUAUUCCCAUUUUGGAGAAAAUGACAUUAUGA